ACCCUGGUUGUAAAUGCAUAUCGUUAUAAAGGUAGGAGGAGAUGACUCGACUCCAAUAUCCAAGUUCCUCUUGAUAGAUGUUGACUCCAUGUGCCUGCAUCUUCCUUUUGUCCGGGUUGUCUCCACUGUGGAAGGAGUAGAUGCAACACGUAUAGCGGAAGGAGGAGAUGACUCGACUCCAAUAUCCAAGUUUCUAUUGAUCAUCAGAGCAAUAGGAGAUUACGACUUUUCCAAUGUGUCCCUGAGCUCUCCUUCAAUACCAAGGCUGCCAGCUCCUUAUCUCGUUUUUAUGGAGGAAUUCCUUAAACCCUAUGCCAAGGCGAGACGCACCAAGGACAGAACUUUAGUUGCUGCUUUAACUGCUUGUGGGAAAAAGUGGACCUUCAUGUCCAAGACUGACCAGGAACCUUUCCGUCUUGAGUCUGCUAAACGUAUGGAUGUGUACCAGAAGCACAGGGCAGUCUUCGACCGCCUUUUCUAUCCCAUGCAGCCUCCUUCUGAUGGUGAAUUUGAUGACGAGCCUGGUCAGCAAAUUAUGUCUCCAUUCGGCAUUUUCGUUGAAUACGAGGUUCCUCGCCGGCACGCGUCUCACAAGCGUGAGUGCUCGGUGACAUCUCUCUCUCUUUUUUUAAAAAAAAAUAAAAAAUAAUAAUAAUAAAGACUCAGUUAUGUAGUUUAAUGUUUCCCUUUUGGACAGUUUAAUGGUUCAUUUGGAAAAUGGAAUUCCAUGUCAGCUGAGGAUAAGGCUCCCUUUGUUACCUUGUCUAACGACCGAAUGAGGGUGCAUCAGUUGGUGUCCAUUGCGUUCUUUGCGCAUUUACUUG